AUGAAGACAGGUAAAAAUGUAAAAAUAAAAGAAAUGAAUACUAAAAAUAAUGUAAAAAUUGUACAUUAUAUAGAUAAAGUUGGAACUAUAGUUGGAAAAAGAAUAAUUUCCUGUAAUGAUACAGUACCAAUUAUAGAAUUUGAAGAUUGCACUAGGAUAUGGAUAUUUUCAAAAGAAUUAGAAGUCAUAUCCUCAGAAAAAUAUACGGAAUUAUAG